GUAACAAUAAUACGGGGUAAUAGGCUAAUGACAGAUAGUUGACAAACCAAAAACAACAUUUACUAUUAUGGUUCAACAUUAAAUACCAUAAUUGAUACUACUACAAUAGUGGGACAUGACUCAACACUUGCUUUUCCUCUUCUCUUCCUUUUUUUCAAGCUUUUUCUCAAUCUUCUUUAAAUUUUGUUGUUUUUCUGCUCUCAACAAAUAUAUUUUGAUGGGUCCUCUUAAUCUUUAUACUUGCUCCCACUAAAUAUGUACUUAUAUAUUCAUUUUUCAACUAUAUAGUAUAUUCUUGUUACUUACAUACUUGCAUAAAAAACACACAUGUUCAUCUUCUUAUUAUUGCAUAAGAUAAAGUAUAUAAGAAGGUGAUUCUUAAUUUUAUUUUUUUUUGGUUAAAGAAAGAUGAAUAGAGAGAUGAAUGGGUAUGAAGAUGGGGUGAAGGAGAUGAGAAUAGAUUAUGUGUAUAAAGUAGUUGUGAUUGGAGAUUCAGCAGUUGGAAAAUCUCAGUUACUUGCUAGAUUUUCAAAGAAUGAAUUUUCUUUUGAUUCAAAGUCUACUAUUGGUGUUGAAUUUCAAACCAGAACUACUACUAUUAAAUCCAAAGUCAUCAAAGCCCAGAUCUGGGAUACUGCUGGCCAAGAAAGGUACAGAGCAGUAACAAGUGCAUACUACAGAGGAGCACUAGGGGCAGUAGUAGUGUACGACAUAACAAAGAGGCAAACAUUUGAUCAUGUAGUAAGGUGGGUAGACGAGCUCAGGGCCCACGCGGAUAGCUCGAUCGUGAUCAUGCUAAUCGGAAACAAGGCGGAUCUAGAAGAUAAACGGGCGGUCCCUACAGAAGAUGCAGUGGAAUUUGCACAAGAUCAGGGCUUAUUUUUCUCAGAGGCAUCAGCAUUAAGUGGUGACAAUGUGGAGAGUGCAUUCUUUAGAGUACUUGAGGAGAUAUAUAGCAAUAUGGCCUCAAAGAAGGCCUUAGACUGUGAUUCUCCUAGAGGUAACCAAAUGAAUGGCAAUGGAUCAGUUACAUUACAAGGCUCGAAAAUCAAUGUCAUAGCGGGGUCUGAUCUCGAGAUCAGUGAGAUGAAGAAGUUGUCCUCUUGUUCAUGCUAAUGCUUGUGAUUCAACAGUUUGUGGAUUUUUAUGCAAAGUUUGUUUACAUGGGCAUGGUGAAUCAAAGGAAGCUGUAAAAUGUGGUUGUGACAAUUGUUACGUUUUGGGAUAAUUUGGUGUGCUUCACUUUGAAGUUCCAUUUUGGGGUAGUUGAUGAUUUGAUCUCCUAUUUUACAAGAGAAUUUUCUAAUGUGGUCACAAAUAAUCACAUUUGAUAAUCAUAGGUGUACAAUUAUGUGAAUGUUUUCUGUACACUAAGUUGAUUCUUAAUCCAAUCUACAGUACUACUCAAUCCAAUCUAAUGACAAUUUAUUUGUCAUAAAAUUCCAUGAUAAAAGCUAGGUUUGUGUACAUGAUUUAUUUUUCA